GUGUCGUGUCUGUGAAUGAGUGGGCUCAUUCUCCUGUCACUUUGGUGCUGAAUGUUCUAAGAGAGUUGUGGCAAUGGCUUCACAAUUAAUGAACAGUUUCCUGGGAAUUUACCCUGGUUCGCAGAUUAACUUUAAUUUAGAUGAAAAUUCUGAGCUGGCCCAUGCUAAUAUACAAACCUUAUUGAUGGGAAAGGUAUUCAUGCACUUUCCAGAAGUGCUAUUGCUGGUCCGAUCCUACAACGAGAAUGGGAAAGCUCUUUACACCUUUGUGGUAGAUGGCCCCUUUCUUACAACUGAACAUGACAUGGUUAAAAUUGUGCAUAUAGCCAUCACUGAUGAGACGCCCGAAGGACUGGCUCAAAUGUUCAGCGUCUUCAAAGACUUCAAUCCCUGCUGGCCUAGGGUCUGUGUAUUUCUGGUGGACCCUUAUUUUAAUGGAGCUGAAGCGAUCUCUAAAGCAUUCCCAUCAGCCGAGGUUGUCCUUUCUGCUUUCCAUGUAUGUAAAUACUUUAAAGAAAAUAUCUGCAGAUUGUCUUUGCCCAAUCAAACCGAGUCAUUGCUAUUAAAUGCUCUGAAGAAUGCAAUGUGCUCAGCCACAAAGGGGAAUCUAAGGAACAUGCACAUAAUCCUGCACCAGUUUUUGAAACCACAUAUGUUGGAGCAGGUAAAACUAGACUGGUUACUGGUAGACCGAAUUUGGGCCUUACAUCGAUGGAGGAAUUGGGCUGAAUGCCUUGUGUAUUUUCAUAUGAUGGACUAUGUGAGUGGAGAAUUUAGCCAGAUAUUCAGCAAGGAACCCAAGGUAGAGGACGCUCUGUCUUCUUUGCUUAAAUGUAUCCAGGUGCAAACUGCCGGGAGGGGUGUGCCUAACGUGCGCCCAUGCGGCCCUCAAGAUAAGGUAUUAUUGGCAGAGGAAGAUAAAACAUCCACGUCGGCUCACAUUUCUUCUACAGAGUCUGAAAUAGAUACUGAGGGCACAUCAGUAAUCUGUGAAUCACUGAACCGUAUCUGCAUACCUGCGGCUUUCGAUCUCUGUUUGAAAGAGUUGUCUGUGGCACAGAAAUCUUUACAAUUGAUUGGCAAAAGUGAGGAUGGAAUAAAUGUCCAGUUUCUAGAGAACCUUCAGGAAGUAAGUUGGCAGUACCAAAGGAAAUGUACUUGUCCCUUCUACAACACCAUGAAACUGCCCUGCCGCCAUAUCUUGACUGUCCUCAAUGCCAACCAGGAAGUUCUGACACAAGCUAUGCUCGAAGAUUCCUGGUGGAAGCAGACGCAAGCACUUGAAUUCAUGCUUCCUGUGUCCACGGACACCCUGAAAAUCAUGAAGGGUGACAACAUGGAUAUGCCUGCAAAAAAGACAAAUGUGGAUUUGUUGACUGACCAGAUCACACGGUUGCUGUCAGAGUGCAGUGAUGAUGUAUUUCAGCGUCGCUACAGUACAUUGAGGGAACUGGCAGAUGCAUGGAUUGGUCCCUAUGAACAGGUGAAAUUGUAGAGCAGGUGGCUGACACUUCCAGACAGUGGUAGCUUCACAAGCUAGAACUGGGCAUGCCUUGAAAUUUUCUUUUGAGAACAGGAUCUACAACUAUAAUUUAAAAAAAGGGAUCCGUUGAUAGCAGUAGAAGUGUUUUUUAUUUAAAUGGACGUACAUGAAAUAUGACCAUGAAUGACCAAGAAUUGUACGUAAGAAUGCCAUGUUUGUGCAAUUUAAAACAAAAAGGACUAAUCAACAGAUCCCCAAAUUUGUAUCUAUUGCAAUCUCAGGAAAUCUGAAACAAUAGAAAUGUGGUAAUAAACUGCAAAUUAUUUUUUAA